AUGGGCUUGCAGUUGAAACGCCGGAAGAGCUUUGGAGGCAAAGAUGGCGUUUGGUGGACCAAGUUCGGGGCAGCCACGAUGGAUUUCAGUGCUCAGGAAAAGACGCAUCCCUCCGACACCAUUUUUAAGAAUGUGGUGGAAAGAAAGACCUGGGAUCCUGCGGCCAUGAGUCGCGUGCCGGCGGCUCGUUUGAAGCCCGCCGCUCAGAUGAGGAGUUUGUUCAAAGGGGGGGCCUGUUCUCCAGCACGGCGGACGUUGCACUCUGUGGAGCUGGGAGGACCUACUUCUCUGAGUGGAUCCUUCUGUCAGUCUCUGCAGUGUGUGGCUGACGUCAUGGCUGGAGAACGUUUGGCCCCAUGGCGAAAAACAGGUCGCAGGGCUGACCCGCGACACUUCGAAGGCUUGGAAACUGGGGCCUUCCUGGAGUUCUCUGGCUACGAUGACCGUCAUCGCCAGCAAGGACGGAUCUUAGGCUAUUUGUCCGGAGUGGGCCUCGAGACCAACAUCACCGGAGAUUCGCCCGUGGUCUUCUUUCACUUUUGUGAUGCGCCAGUGCGAACGGGCGCUGAGGGAGUUGAAGGAUUGGCCCGCGCUCUUGGUGGAGCGCCCGGAGGAAACAAGCGCCCUGCCAGUGAGGAAUCUGAACCUCCUCCUAAGGAGGGCCGAAAGAAGAAGAAGGAGAGGCAUCGAGGACGCUCUCGAAAAAGAUCUGACAGUGACCCGGAAAAGCCCGACAAGAAGAAGAAGAAGCCCCAUCGACAUGGCAAGGACCAGGAUGAGAGUGAAGGAGGUCCACUGCGAGAGGAGCUCAACAAGAAGACGCCCCCAGUUCCUCGUUUAUCAGCUUUGGAGUUGGAAGGAGGACACAAGAAGAAGAAGAAGAAACGAAAAAGCCGUGGCUCCACCAGUGAGGGCCGAGAUCGUUGUAGCCCCUCGUCUUCAUCGAGCACUGGGGAGCUUUUUCAUUCUGCCGCCCUCCCGCGGGGCAUGGAACGCCUCAGGCGCAUGCAUCAGAAGAACCCGGGCCGCCUGGCCUCUUUGAGCCUGCUGAGAAUGCAGGAACUCGUGCAUCGCGCCCAAGGGAGGGGAACGGCAGUGGAGAUGACAGACCAAUUACCAGCGGUGGCCAUGGGUUAUGUAGCAGGAGUGUUUCUGGUGCAGAACCCUCCAAGCCAGGUGGGGAUUCGCAACUUGCGGGAGCUCAAGACGGUUGCGACCGUCAUAGACAUGCUGUGUCAGAACGACCCUCUUCGGGCCUUGGACGUGAUGGUCCAAAGAUUCAAAGCGCUGGAGCUGGCGCACAAGCAGCAGAGUUGGUCGCAGGCAUCGCAACUCGAACUGGUGUUGGAGGACGACCAGUCAGCGGUCUUCAGACCGGAACUCAAAGCAGCACAGUCCGAGGUGAAGGAGGACUGGAAGAUUCAGAAAGGUCCCUUCCGCCCGCCGAGGCAGUCAGCGUGGGGGACAAAUUGGGCACCCACGAACGAGGGGAUCGAAGGAAAAGGCGACGGAGACACCAAGGACUCGCCACCAACCAACCAACCGAAAGGCCAGCUGGAGCUGCCGGCCUUGGAGCGAGCUCUCAGGGACUCACCGGUGGACGACCAGUUUACAGAAAACCUGCGGUACUUGCUCCGGGACAGCAGGCUACACAAGCUAUAUGGAAGUAUCCUUGAAUCCUAUGAGAGCCUUGAGGAUAAACGACGAGUCUAUGAGGACUUCACAUCCUUGAUGGUUGAGUGGAGUAACCACACGCCCGACAUGAUCCUGAAGCUGCUUGAGAAUUUCUACAGACCACUGGCCAGGGAAGGAGGAGUUUAUGGAGACGCAGGUUUUGGCCGAGUGAUGGGUGAUGUUGCUGAGUGGCCCCAAGGUGGCACUGGAAGACAUCAGCGUGCCAGAGAGGGCAAGCUGCUGGGCGUUGUUGGCACCAGUCAAGUGCGUGAGGUUUUCUCCGGUUGGGAAGCUGCUGAUGGGGGAGUCUAUGUUGGCGAUGGUAGUGAGCACUUUCCUACCUCAAUUUUCAGGGAAAACUAUGCGGACAACAUCGCAGUGGAGGAUGCGGCCGCAGUCUUGGAUGGAAGACCGCUGUAUGUUGACCCGGAGGGAUUUUCCACCGCAGCAGAGGUUGUUGAGAAGUUCUCGGUCACCGGAAAGAAGGAUGUCUGGACUUGGGAAUAUUGCCAGGAGUUCAUGGCAAGCCAGCUUCGUGGUGAAGUCUCUGUCUCCCUUGUCGGGGUGGUGCUAAAAAUGGUUUUGAAGCGCUGCCCUGGGCAUCUGGGAAAUAUCUGCCGUAUGAUCCCAGCCUGCGCUAGGAGGCAAUUUAGACAGAGCCCCAUUGAGCUGCUGCCAAUUGCAGUUCCUCCUGACACCCAGGUUGAAAUUCGGUUGCAACGCUUGCUGCUGGAUGGUGAGCAAAUCCGUCACCUGUCGGAUGCAGAGAGGGCAUCGGCAUUUGAGCUUGCCAAGGAAUGUGGCACUGAUGCAUGGCUGGGGUUAAUCCUGGCUGUGCUCAACGCCCUGUUCUGUGGCGGCUCCCGGCCUCUAGGCAAAGUGAUGCCCCAUCCACGCAUUCAUACUCCAGAACAGCAGAAGGUCAUCGACCAAUUCCGUGGGCUCAUCCACCUUUGGAUUGAAGAGGAUCAGCACCGAUUAAGGGUGACAAACUGGGAAGUUCAGUCACAGGAGCUUGGUGACUUUUAUACAGGUUUUGAGGUCACCAAAGCGUACAAGCUCAGUUGGGCAGCCAUUGCUCCGCAUGUUCCUGGACCUGGCGAAGCAGGACGGGUCCCACUUGAGGAAACGGUCGCAGCUGAGCUGAGAGAAUUUGUGGCAGAUCCCGAUUUGCUGAGGAUCCCAGACGACGAGCUGGGAGAGGUAAGGUACUCUGCCCCUGUAUUGGUGGAAUCAAGCUCGGAGUACGACCUCAUUGUAAAACACUUGGUGGAAGCUGGAAUGCUUGAGCGUGAAGUUCCAGCUGAGACAGUGAAGGUCAACGGAGCACCAAUCUACAAUGGCUUGUUUGGAGUCCACAAAGGCUGGAUUGAUGAAGGAGGUGGCAAGUGGCGCCGUUCAUUGCGCCUCAUCGUCAACCUGAUCCCGACCAACUUACUGCAACGGCGCAUGCCCGAGCAAGCUUCAAAGUCAAUGGGUUACGCUCCGAUGUGGGGCUCAAUGGCGCUGCUGGAGGACGAGGUCAUUUUGGCGCAUGGUGAGGAUAUCAAACACUGCUUCCACAUCUUUUCACCUGGCCCUCGUUGGAGGGGAUACUUUGUCAUCUCCAAGGAAGCUAGUGGAAGCAGCUUCAACGACGGUGUCAAGGGGAAGGCACGACCUCGUGUCCGCUCAGCACCAAUGGGUUGGGCCAACAUAGUCGAUUUCGUCCAGUCCUCCCUCGAGAAAAUGGGCAGCUUGGCCGGAAUCCCAGCGACGAAGUGCGUGAAGAUGGGGGAGCCCAGUCCACUUUUGGAACUCAGCACGCCCCGGCAGUAUCAUAGUUUCUAUGUUGAUAACUAUGAUGGUUUCCUUGUCGUAGCCCGAACCGAUCUGGGAGAAUAUCAGGGCCGACCUUCAGACAGCCAGCUAGAACUCAGACGAACUUUUCAAGCAUGGAACAUAGGGCGAGAUGAGAAGAAAGCCGCAGAGGGGACCCUGCAGUGGGUGAGCUUGGGCGCCGAACAGCUGGGAACUGAGGGAUUGGUUGGAAGUUCAAGGAAGUUCCGAAGGUCAGUGAUGUCGUCGUCCCUCAACCUCCUCAUGAAGGCUGGCAUGAAGACAUGUGACCUGGAGUUGCUGUCAAUUGUGGGCAAACACAUGCAUGCCGUACAGUACUGCCGGCCAUUGGCGUGCUGCUUUGAUGAACUGUAUCGCAACCUCAGCCUGGACGAUCCAGAGGUGCUUGUGGACAUCAGUGCUUAUGAGGAGCUCUUGAUGGUGACGGCCUUGCUCCCGAUCCUCUGGACAAGCCAACGCUCAGCUUUGAGCCCCACAGUGUAUGCUACUGAUGCAUCACCGGAGGGUGGGGGAGCAUGUCAGACCACGAACCUUUCAGCAAGGGGCCGCUCGAAGCUCCAUCUUGCUUGCUCUGAAGCCGAUGACAUGGAGGGCGGCGCUUGUGACUCAGUGGUUGUCAUUGAAGUCUUUGGUGGUAUGGGUGGCCUACGAAAGGCCCUUGAACUUCUUGGCAUUUUGCCGCAGGGCAUCAUUCUCAUCGACUCUGACCCUGUCUGCCUGAAACUUGCGAAGCGGCACUGCGCUUUUGUGCUGACGGUGGACAACGUUCACAAGGUGGACAAGGCGAUGAUCAGAUCUUGGCGACUUCAGUUUCCUCGAGCCAAGAAGGUCGUUGUGGGAGGAGGAUGGCCAUGCAUCAAUCAUUCAUCAUUGAACUCCAAUCGGAGAGGGGCAGACGCAGAGUCGUCACGACUACUGGAUGUGAUGCUGGCGCUGGUAGAGGAGUUGAAACAGGUCAGCCGACCUCUGCGAUUGCCAGACUGGGACGUCGUCGAGUUCUAUGAGAACGUGGUGAUGGAUGAGCAAGAUCUUACUGUUCAGUCAGGGAAGAUUGGUUGUCUUCCACUCAUGUGUGAAGCUGCCGACGCCCUCAGAUGCCGACGACCGCGGCUAUAUUGGAUCAAGAACUUGCCAGUUCUUGAGGGACAAGAUUUGCAGCUUCUUCCUGAUCAGCAAGUAGGUGAUCUACAGACCAAGUUGGUAGUGGCCAAGAUCUCUACCGAAAGACCACCAUUGGAAUGGUUUCUUCGAAAGAACUGCAGCAAGCUGCAUGAUGAUGGGAGGCCAUUCUUCACCUUUGCAAGGCCUCAUCCUCGGGCAGAACCACCCCGAGAUCCAGCAGGAUAUGACCGCUGUGAUGCCAAGACCCUGGGGCGCUGGCGGGGCGAUUCAUUUCGACUGGCACCUUACCAGUAUUCAGAAGACAACCUGGUGCGCACAGCUCAAGGCCCACGGCGCCUGCUUUCAGAUGAACAGUUGAGGAUGUUGGGUUACAACUCUGAUGCCUUGGACGUCAAGCAGAAACUGUCAGAAGACCAGAGAGGGCAGCUGAUUGGCAAUACCUUCCCCGUGCUGGUGGUAGCACGGCUGCUUGUGGCCUUGUGCGUGUCAUCAGAGCAUGUUCAGGGCCUGGAUCUGACAACUGAGCUUUGGAAGGUUUGGAAAGGAAAUGAGGAUCGUGUUCAGCAACUCAAAGAGUCUUCCUGGACGGUCCGUUUUGGUCCGGGGGCCGCGGGGUCAGCAGGUGGUCUCCGGCACUCCCUCCGGGUGUCUGGAAGCCAUUUGCAUUCCCCUAGGUCCCUGUUAGACCCCAAUGCUGCUUUGAGUGAUGAGCAGCUUCUCACAUAUCUCAUCACUCGAAAUGUUUCACACAGAGGUACCGAUGUCAAACUGGACCAUGGAAUUCCGUUCUCUGCCAGCGACUUCUGCCGACGAUCUGUGGAUCCCACGUUGUGGGAAUGGAAAGUCGUGCUGUCUUACAAAUGGAAACAGCCCAAUGCCCACAUCACUCAUCUGGAAACAGUUGCAGUGUUGGAUCUGAUGCGGAAGCUGAGCAGAACGUCGACCAACUUCAACAAGAAGUCGCUGUUUCUGGUCGACAACGCUUCCGUUGUGGGUAUUCUGACAAAGGGACGCACCAGUGCAAACAGCCUACGACAACCUCUCCGACGCCUAGCUGCCAUUUUGGUGGCCACCUCCGCACGCCUCAUAGUGGCCUGGGUCAAAUCGGAAUGGAAUCCAGCAGAUGGCCCAUCGAGAUGGGUCACUAGACGGGCUUUGCGCGAUGCCUAG